AUGGCAAAGCUCUCAUCAGGAAAUAUUUGCUCUCUCUCAGAUACUAUAUCUGCUAAAAAUGUGCAACUUUUGGAUCUCAGAUACUUUUUUCUGCUCCCCUCAGGUACUUCACUAGGUACCACCAUGACCACUUGCAAUGCCACUGGCCAUCCAUCAUUCUUCAUCCUCCAAGGAAUCCCAGGAAUGGAAGACAAACACAGAUGGAUCUCGAUCCCCUUCUCCUCCAUUUACUUCAUCACUGUGCUGGGAAACUGCACCAUCCUCUUCACCAUCUCCACAGAGCGCUCCCUGCAUAAGCCCAUGUUCCUGCUGCUUUGCUUGCUGGCCCUCACAGACCUGGGCAUGUCCACAACCACCAUUCCUAAGGUGCUGUGCCUCUUCUGGUUUGGUCAGAGUAAGAUUACCUAUGAAGGUUGCCUGACCCAGUUGUUCUUCAUUCAUUCCAUUUCUGCUAUGCAGUCAUCUGUCCUGACCACCAUGGCCUUUGACCGCUAUGUGGCCAUAUGCAAGCCCUUGCACUACACCACCAUCCUUUCCAAUAGCCGCAUUGGGCUCAUUGGCCUGGGGAGUUUGGUGAGAGCCAUGCUUUUUAUUCUCCCCAUGCCCAUCCUCCUCCAGCACAAGCCCUUUCAUGCCAAUCGUGCCAUUCAGACCACCUAUUGUGAACACAUGGCAGUGGUGAAGGUGGUGUGUGUGGACACCACUGUCAACCGCAUGUAUGGCCUGGUGGUGGCUUUGCUGGUUGUUGUGCUAGACAUCUCAGCUAUUGCUUCAUCCUAUGUGCUAAUCAUCCAGGCUAUAAUGCGCCUCUCUUCCAAAGAAGCUCACCACAAAGCAGUCAAUACCUGCACCACACAUAUCUGUGUCAUGUUGAUCUCUUACACGCCCUCACUUUUUUCUUUUCUUACUCAUCGCUUUGGCAGAACAAUUCCACCCCAUGUCCACACGAUUCUUGGAAACCUCUACUUUCUUGUACCUCCAAUGCUCAAUCCUAUUAUUUAUGGAGUAAAAACCAAGGAAUUUCGGGAGAAAGUGACCAAAUACAGUUUCUGGGUGAAGACACUCAUAACUGUUUCCCAUGGUCAGAAACUUGUUUGA